CUCAUACCACAUCUAUCGACAAGCUAAACGCGUUAAAAAAUACAGUCUAUGUUUAAAACGGGCAUUCUUAUAACUUAGCUGCAGUCAAGGUGCCAGACUGUGCAGGGCUCUAAAUGUGAAAACAAGCACUUUAAACUGAACCUGAUGGGGAGCCAAUGUAACGAUGACGGGAUGGAUGCGGUCUGACUUGUCUUGCUAGACCUGGUCAACAGCCUUGCUGCACUUGAGAUGUUAACACAAACAUGGUUACACAAACAUCUCAAGUCAACCUUUUGCAGCAGCAACAUUUACUAGGUGAAACUCAGCAUGAUGGAGAGAGUGCUCUUAUUUGGACUCCUGGCUAUAGCUGCUUCAUACACUAUACCAGUUUCCCCCAAGGUACAUGAAGUGUAUAACAAUGGUGAGGAUGAGAACCCCAUCCUGAACGCAGGAUCAGAUGCCAACCUGAUUGAAGGGGACAUUUUAAUUCCUAAAGGAAGGAAUGCCCUGAUUGACAAAAGAUACAGAUGGAAAUUUCCAAUCCCUUACAUUCUGGGUGAUGAUUUGGAUCUGAAUGCCAAGGGUUGCGUCCACCAGGCUUUUGAAAUGUACCGGCUGAAGUCUUGUAUUGACUUCAAGCCUUAUGAGGGAGAGAAGACAUUCAUCAAGUUCGAGAAGAGAGGAGGGUGUUUCUCCAGCGUCGGUGACCAGCAGACUGGUCAGAUUCUAUCUUUGGGGCCGGGUUGUGACCACAAGGCGGUGAUUGAACAUGAACUACUCCACGCACUGGGAUUUUACCACGAACAGUCCCGAACAGACAGAGAUGAUUAUGUUGAUAUCUGGCUGGAUCAGGUCACACCUGGUCUUGAACACAACUUCAACAAAUACAACGAUGACUACAUCACCGAUCAAAACACGGCGUAUGACUACGAGUCCAUCAUGCAUUACAGGCCCUUCUCCUUCAAUAAGAAUGAAUCCAUCCCCACUGUCACCACCAAAAUCCCAGAGUUCUACAACAUCAUUGGCCAGUACCUCGACUUCAGCAAGAUGGACACCCUCAGGCUCAACCGGAUGUACAACUGCUCUGGUCCUCUCACCCUGCUGGAUCAGUGCUCUUUUGAGUAUGCCAGCAUCUGUGGGAUGAUCCAGUCCUCCUCUGAUGAUGCUGACUGGGUCCAUACCAAAAGCAGUGAGGGUGCAGAGGAUCACACACUCCUUGGAAAAUGCAGAGAUGCUGGGUAUUUCAUGCAGCUCAGUACCAUGACUGGGAAGCCUCAGGAGUCUGCUCUGCUGGAAUCCCGAACCCUCUACCCCAAGAGGGCGCUUCAGUGUCUGCAGUUCUUCUACAAGAUGACUGGAAGCUCCAAGGACAGGCUGGUGAUCUGGGUCAAAGUGGAUGAUGGCACAGGCACCGUUCGUAGAAUGAAGAAAAUACACACCUUUUAUGCGGAUUCUGACCACACAUGGAAGAUCGCCCAUGUCGCAAUGGAGGUAGGCGUGAAAUUCCGCUAUGCUUUCCAAGCUGUGCGUGGUGAUCCCUCUGCAUCCACCGGUGGCAUCUACAUCGACGACAUAAGCCUGACUGAGACACGCUGCCCGAACGGCGUGUGGAGGAUCCAGAACUUCUCCAAGAUCAUGGAAACGGCUGACAUCAACACAGUUAUUGACAGCCCUCGUUUCUACAGCCCCGAAGGCUAUGGUUACGGCGUCCGCGUCGUGCCGUUGUCGAGUUACACUGAUUACACGGGGAACUAUACUGGGCUGUACUUCCACCUGGCCAGCGGUGACAAUGAUGUGGUGAUGCAGUGGCCAGCGGUGAACAGACAGGCCACCUUGGUGGUGAUGGACCAAGACCCAGACAUUAAGCUGAGGAUGUCCACCGCGCGCAGCCUCACAACUGAUACGAUGAAGAAUUCAGAUGGAGAGUUGUUUUGGGACAAUCCUUCUAAGGUGGGGACGUUUGACCCUUCCUGUAAAUGCUACAGAGGUGAAUCGUGGGGCUGGAGUAACUUUGUCAAGCACUUCGACCUCAGGCGGCGUAAUUACCUCAAGAACGAUGACCUCAUCAUCUUCAUCGACUUUGACGAUAUAACAUCGCUGAUUAAAACAGAAGUUCCCAUUGAGCCAAAGGAGUGAUGUCACACAUGAUUUUAUAUCAUGAGUAACUGGAGAUGCAAAAUAUGCAGCUGGGAUGAGAACAACCUUUGAAGAUGAAGAAAGGAUGGAUAAUUACUGCUGUGACAUCAGAAUACUACACAUAAUUUACAAAAUAUUGACUGUGAAGUUAUAUUUGUUUUAUAAUCUAUAUAUAUAAGUAGAAAUAUAUAUCAAGCUUUGGAAAAAGGUCAUCAUUUUGAACAA